AAAGUCUAUAAAUUAAUUAGUUGCCACGAGCUCUUAGUUUAUGUGGUUCUCCUCUACACAAGUUAGACUGAACUGUCUAAAUGGCCGGAGGGGGAUUAGCCGUCGUUGAUGCACCGCCCUGUGGCUUCGACGGCAAGAUAACACUCUCAGUUGUCAUCACUUGCAUCGUUGCUGCAUCCAGUGGACUCAUUUUCGGAUAUGACAUCGGUGUUUCAGGAGGUGUCACAACGAUGGUACCGUUUCUUGAAAAAUUCUUCCCAUCAAUACUGAGAAAUGGAGCUGGUGCGAAGAACAUGUACUGUGUGUAUGACAGCCAAUUGUUGACGUUAUUCACGUCUUCUUUGUACCUUGCUGGGUUAGUGUCAUCUCUUGCGGCUAGCCGAGUCACGGCGGCGUUGGGUCGGAGAAACACCAUCAUGUUGGGUGGUGUCAUUUUUUUUGCUGGUGGCGCUCUUAAUGGAGGUGCGGAAAAUAUUGCUAUGCUCAUUUUGGGUCGUAUCCUUCUGGGCCUUGGGGUCGGUUUCACUAAUCAAGCUGCGCCACUAUACCUCUCUGAAAUCGCACCACCAAAAUGGCGAGGGGCUUUCAACACAGGCUUCCAAUUUUUCCUAGGAGUUGGAGUGCUUGCCGCCGGCUGCAUAAACUACGCCACCGCGAAGCACCCGUGGGGGUGGCGAAUCUCCCUUGGCCUCGCCGUGGUGCCCGCAACCGUUAUGACAGUUGGCGCAUUCCUCAUAACCGACACCCCCAGCAGCUUGGUUGAGCGCGGGAAAAUAGACCAAGCCAGAAACGCCUUGAGCAAAGUCAGAGGGUCCAACAUCGACGUUGAACCCGAGUUGGAAGAGCUAAUUAAUUGGUCGCAUAAUGCGAAAUCUAUGGUGCAGGAGUCCUUCAUGACCAUAUUUGAGAGACGCUAUCGACCCCACUUGGUCAUGGCAAUUGCUAUCCCACUUUUUCAGCAGCUUACGGGCAUCAACAUCGUCGCAUUCUAUUCACCUAACCUCUUUCAGUCUGUGGGUAUGGGACACGAUGCUGCUUUACUUUCAACUGUAAUACUUGGAAUUGUCAACCUUGCUUCUCUCAUCUUAUCCACUGCUGUUGUUGAUCGCUUUGGUCGAAGGUUCUUGUUCAUUACUGGUGGCAUUCUCAUGCUUUUCUGUCAGAUUGCGGUGUCUGCUUUGCUAGCUAUGGUGACUGGUGUUCAUGGUACAAAGGACAUGUCAAAGGGUAACGCAAUGUUGGUAUUGGUCCUACUGUGCUUUUAUGAUGCAGGUUUUGGUUGGUCAUGGGGCCCUCUCACCUGGCUAAUUCCAAGUGAAAUUUUCCCCUUGAAAAUCAGAACCACCGGGCAAAGCAUAGCAGUUGGGGUGCAGUUUAUAGCACUAUUUGCGUUAUCCCAGACAUUUUUGACAAUGCUGUGCCACUUCAAGUUCGGCGCCUUCUUGUUCUAUACUGUUUGGAUUGCAGUGAUGACUCUCUUUAUUAUGUUUUUCUUGCCCGAGACGAAAGGAAUUCCAUUGGAGUCAAUGUACACCAUAUGGGGCAAACACUGGUUUUGGGGGAGGUUUGUUGGAGGAGCAGUUAAGCAAGAUAAUCUUCCAUGACUACAUUUUGGGCACUCCCUUCUUAACCUUCUGUUUGUAAGUCUCAAAAGAUGAUCAUUAAUCAUUGGAACUCCCUGCUUACAACUACGAUGUUUUAUUUGGACUUGUACUUUACUUUUACCACAAUAAUACUAUAUCAGAAUAUCCUAUGUACCAGUAGUAGUUUUUUGUAAGUUCGUAUGUUAAAGUGUACUACAUAUCACUUUAAUUUUAGUUUAUCUAGUAAGUCUAUUCUCCGAGUUAGUUAGUAGUUAGUUACACACAAUUAGUAAUAGCUACUCUCCUCACUGAACUCAGAUUCAGAUAUAAAAUUUCAUCGAUCAUAAAUACUUGAAAUGUCGUCUUCUCAAUACAACAAUAUACAAGUUAUUCUCUCUUC